CGAUUCAUUUUCUGAUCUAGAUAUUCUCAUUGCAUCUCCCUUCGAAAGAUUCAUCCUAGGGUUCUCUGGGUUUUUUACACAAAGGGACAUCGCUUCUAUUCUCAGUAGGUGAUUCAAUGGAGUGCGAAUUUCAACUUACUAAAGAGAAAUUGCCAACCUCUCUCUUACGAUUACUAUCAAAUACUUUGAUUCUUUACCAAACCACACCUCAUCUCCCGGUUUCUUCUCUUUUAGCUCUGGGAGCUACUUCAAAAUCUUUCAAAGAACUCAUUUACAAGAUUCCACAUGUUUUCCGUUAUUUGAAGCUCUCAGACGUCAAGUCGGUAAAGUCCGAGGUUGGAUCAAUUGACAACGGUGGACAGAUCUGGAGAAAUGUACAAUUGGAUGAAAAUGUGACUGAAGACGAGUUCGCCUUGCCACUCCUAACUCAGUAAAUUGUAUAUUGACUCCUUCAAAGCUUCUAUGGCGGUCCUUUGAGAGGUAUUUUCAAUCGCCUCCGCAGUCGAAAUCUACUCCUUGAUGUCCAAACCCUGAUACUGGAUGGACUCUCUGUUCCCUCGGAUUUGGUAAUGGUAUUUCAAUAAUGAUAGGUGAGAAAUAUGGAAAGAAUUAAUUUGAUAGCU